AUGGAGACAGAACUGAGAAAUACGUCUGUCCUUUUAGCGAAAGGAAACAGUGCUCAGUUUCAGUUUGUGUUCAAAUUAUACCCUCAAGCAUUAGCUCUGAAGUCACAGACAAAGAAUAAGAAGCCAGAUGAACUGAAGAAGCUCGACCAAUGGUACCACGAUGAGCUGCCAAAGAAGAUCCUGUCACGCGCCAAAGAGGGUGGCUACCUGACCCACGAGGAGCUGGUGCAGACUAUCAAAUGGAAACUGGCCCGCGGCAAAUGGCGUCCGAGACUGCGGGAGCUGGUGACGAUGAACACGCCGCGGCUGGUCCAGCUGGAGACCAAGAAGGCGAUCCGCCAGCUGCUGAAGAAGGACGACCUCAACGCCGCCAUCCAGGCCAUGUGCAACCUGAAGGGUGUCGGGCCGGCCAUGGCGUCAGCCGUGCUGUCGGUGGCGCAGCCGGACAAGAUCCCGUUCAUGUCCGACGAGUGCAUGCUGGCCAUACCGGACGUCGAGGGCUCCAUCGACUACACCAACAAGGAGUACCUGCGCAUGGUGGCGCACGUGCAGACCGCCUGCCAGCGGCUGUCGCAGAACGGUAACAGUGAGUGGACGCCCCACAAGAUCGAGCAGGUGGUGUUCGCGCACCACGUGAUUGCCAACAACAAGCCGGAGCUGCUGGACGGCAUGCCGGGCUUCACAUCUAACGGAGACGCCAACGGCGGGGGCGACAGCAGCGAGAACGGCGCCGCCGUGGAAGAGCUGAAGCAGGUGGACACGGAGGCCAAGGCCAACGGCGACCAGAGCCUACCGGGCGAGCCCGGCGGCUCGACGGAAAACAGCUGCGAUGGCGCCGCCUCCACCUCGGCCGCCGAAUUGGACGACUGCACCAACGACUCGAUUCCGUCAACAGAGGCCUCUUCGGGCAUCGCCCCGUUCGAAGACUCCAACAUGGGCGACGAGUCGAACUUUGAAGACAUCUCAAACACCGGCGAUGAAUCAAACACGGCGGAGGACGGCAUUCUGUCGGCCGCCGACGACUCGGUCUCGAUGCCGCCGCCGGCCGCGCCCGCCGCCGACGAGCCGGCCGACGAGCCGAAGCGGAGCGCGGACGAGCGCCAGAGCGAGGACGAGCCGGCGGCCAAGCGCGCCAAGCCGGAUGGGCCGGGCGCCGAGUAAGCGGCGGCCGGCGGACGCGCGUACGCCGGCGACACUACACCACACACAUAGUACACAUUAUGCCAGGGACGCGUCGCCUGGGCCGUCGGACGCCGGCGCGACUAUUUUUAUAGACAUACCUCUGCGGCGGGACGGGCGUUCGCGGGCUGGCGGGCCGUUUCCAUUCCAGUGUUGGCCGGCGGCGCGGCCGUGGCGGCGCGCCAGCGGCGGUCGCGCCGCCCCUCAUCCGCACACAAUACAUUC